CUCGUCGGGGAUCCUCCUGCUGCUAGCGCUGUUCCUUUAAGAGUUGGCCUACGUGGCAGACGCAGGAGACAGCAGCGGCUUUAGCAGCAGUAGAGAGGCACUUCCUGUGGAGGAGCUUGCAGCAGCAGCAGCAGCACCGGCGGAGGCAGGGGUGUGCGAGCCCAGGCAGCAGGCAGACACCCAGCCUGGAGGAAUUCCCCACUGCAGCACCCACCCAGCAGCUGAGACCAUGGGCCAGAAUGACCUAAUGAGCACGGCUGAGGACUUUGCAGACCAGUUCCUGAGAGUGACGAAGCAGUACCUGCCCCACGUGGCCCGCCUGUGCCUGAUCAGCACCUUCCUGGAGGAUGGCAUCCGCAUGUGGUUCCAGUGGAGCGAGCAGAGGGAUUACAUUGAUGCCACGUGGAACUGUGGCUAUUUCCUGGCCUCCAUCUUUGUGUUCCUAAAUCUCUCCGGACAGCUGAGCGGCUGUAUCCUGGUGCUGAGUAGGAACUUUGUGCAGUAUGCCUGCUUCGGCUUGUUCGGAAUUAUAGCAUUACAGACCAUUGCUUACAGCAUUCUGUGGGAUCUGAAGUUCUUGAUGAGGAAUCUGGCCCUUGGGGGAGGCUUGCUGCUGCUUUUGGCUGAGUCACGGUCAGAAGGGAAAAGCAUGUUUGCCGGUGUCCCCACCAUGCGGGAAAGCUCCCCCAAACAGUACAUGCAGCUGGGUGGACGUGUGCUGCUGGUCCUCAUGUUCAUGACACUGCUACAUUUUGAUGUUAGCUUCUUUUCUAUUCUCCAGAACAUCGUGGGCACAGCCCUGAUUAUCUUAGUGGCGAUUGGCUUUAAGACCAAGCUGGCUGCCUUGACUCUGGUCAUCUGGCUGUUUGCCAUCAACAUCUACUUUAAUGCCUUCUGGACCAUCCCGGCCUACAAGCCCAUGCAUGACUUCCUCAAGUACGACUUCUUCCAGACCAUGUCUGUCAUUGGAGGGCUUCUCCUGGUGGUAGCGCUGGGUCCUGGCGGCGUCUCCAUGGAUGAGAAGAAAAAAGAGUGGUAACAGGAGCAGUGUAGCUUCUCAGGACACAACAGCUUAGGUCCAGGACUGUUUCUCUACGGAUUCAACAAAAACUGCCAGCAUUUUACGUGUACCUGCCCCUCCCAUACCUUCCCCUGCUAAAGGCACAGAUGUCUUGAGAAUUUAAUUUACAGUGGCACCAGUAAUCUGAUAAUAGAUGAUAAAUCCUACUUCGAGGAACAUUGCUUAAGUUUUUAUUUUUGUUGUUUUUAACUUCCUAGAAUUGGAACUAACCCAAGGAAUCCACAUUUCAUUGAGUACUUCAGUAAUGGCUUUUAAAUUUAAAGUACAGUGAGCAGAUACACAGCAGUAUCAUUCAGUGUGCUGUUUGGUUAUUUUUUCUGUUUAAAUCUUACAAGUGAAUUCCCCAUUCCCUUCAGAGAACUAAAAAUCCUCUGUGUAUAUAAAACCCAGCUGCUGGUUGGAGCAUUGUUUGUACAAUUGGAGCAUUACGCUAAGUGAAGACAUUGGUUUUAAAAAAUUACAGUGUUAUGUACCCAGGUCUGAGCAAGGGGAAGGUCCUUUCCACACCCCAAGACAGAGCGGGAGGGGCAAAGAGAAUGGCAGAAGCAGCUGCAUCCUUCUCUAGGUGAGGAAAGAGAGGGUUUCCAUUUUCAUUACAGAAAAUAAAUGUCUCAUUUCUUUUCCUGAGCGGAACCAGGGGGUGGUGGUGAUAUAUUGAUGGAAAGAUUUCAGUAAGAUGUUGGGGGUGGGUUAGUGGGAAGGGUCUCAAGACAGACUUCAUUUUAAAAUGUAGUGUGCCAAAAUCAAUCCUUUUCAGCAUUUUCCACCCACCAACAAAGGGGAGCAAGCCAGACAGUGAAUCCCAGAGACAGCUCCUUUCAGCAACCAAUCAGCAUUUAUCUAAAUGUGGCUCCAGGUUCUUUCAAUCUGAGCAGUAACUGGUGGAACUAAUAUUUGUGGAGCUGUGAAAGACCCUGUUCCUGGCACUGAAAGGCAGAAGCUCAAAUGCUGAGCAUUUCAUAAUGCAUGCAGGGUUCACAUCACCUCACCAGUGGGUUCAGAGCAGUGUCUGAUCUUCCAGCCCAGAGCACCCUUUGCUUUCUUGAUCCAUUUCUGCCAGUCUCUCUUGUAGAUGCAAAAUCUUUUCCCCGCACUGAGCAACAGCAGGUACAGAACUCUCAAGGGCAAGCACCUGCUCUGGCAUCCCAAUACUCACACUCAUGGGCAGGGGGAGAGAAUGCUUUCCUGAGCCGGUGCCAUUGUUCCUGUAUUAGACAGCAGGCAAAAAUCGGCUGUGUGAUGCCUUACUGCACUGAAUCUCAGUCCUGUCUCAAAGGGCAUCUGCCUCAUUUUUGACAGUAGUAGCUAAGACUUCUAGUGAGUGGAAUAUACUUGGCAGUGUCUUAACAGCUGGGGGAGGUAACUUUUAUGCAUUCUUACCCUCUGCUGUGCAUUUCACUCA